AUGACAAAGAGACAGAGACAAAGACAAGAAGAAGGUACAAGCAAUAAGAAGCUACAUAUAGACUAUAGUAAAUCAGAAAUAAAGAAUUUCUUCAAUGAUCAAAUUUGGGAUGAAAAGUUUCAGCAGCAAUUAAAACAAGAUAUAUCAAAUAGUCAACCCUAUAGAUGGGGGACGGUCAAACAUUUAAUUAAUGAUGAAUUACUUAAAAAUGUUAGAAAUGAAGUACUUAAUGAGAUUGCUUUCACUAAAAAAGAAACGGAUAUAUACAAAGUUUAUCAAUCUGGUGAUUUGGCUAAUUUAUCAGGUUUAGAUUGGAAUGAUUUAAGUAAAUUACCAUCAUUAUAUAAAUUAAGAUCAGCUAUUUAUUCAAAAGAUUUUAGAGAUUUCAUUUCAGAAGUUACUGGAUGUGGUAAAUUAUCAGGUAUGAAAACAGAUAUGUCAAUUAAUACUUAUGUUAAAGGUUGUCAUUUAUUAACUCAUGAUGAUGUUAUUGGAUCAAGAAGAGUUUCAUUUAUUUUAUAUUUACCUGAUCCAAAUUAUAAAUGGAAAGAACAAUAUGGUGGAUCAUUAAGAUUAUUUGAUUCUAUAGUUCCCAAUGUUCCUAAAACUGAUUAUUAUUGUAAAUUAACUCCACAAUUUAAUCAAAUUGCAUUUUUUACAGUUCAACCAGGUUUAUCAUUUCAUGAUGUUGAAGAAGUUAGAGAAGAUAGACAUAGAUUAUCAAUUCAAGGUUGGUUUCAUAUUCCACAACAAGGGGAAGAAGGUUAUAUACCUGGUGAACAAUCAAAAGUUGAAGCAAUGUCAACAUUACAACAAUUACAAUCUAAAGAAUUACAAGAAUUUGAUUUCCCAAAAUUAUAUAGAGAUGAUUUAAAUCCACAAGAAUCAAAAAUAAUAGAACAAGAAUUAUCAGAUGAAGACUUUGAUUAUUUACUGAAAUUUUUAAAUCCAAUAUAUUUGAAAUUUGAAACUUUGAAGAAAUUAAAUGAGGUAUUUUCAGAUGAAUCAGUUGUUGAGUUAGGUAAUUUUCUCAACCAAAAGUAUUCAGAAAUACUAAAAAAUUUGAUAAGAAGUUCUGAAAUUAAUGACAUAACUCCAAAAUUAUCAACAGAUGUGAAAUUUCCAUGGAAAAUAGCCGUUCCUCCCCAUAAACAAAGAUUUAUGUAUAUUGAUGGUAAGUCAUCAUUUGAAUUGAAUGAAGAAAGUAUAAAUUAUCAAAAUAAAAUAGCACCACAAGAAUUACCAAAUUUCAAUUUAGUAACCAGCGAAAAAGAAGUAGAUAAUAAAUUAAUAGAUUUAGCAAAAUUCUUAAAAUCUAUACUGUUCAAAAAAUGGUUAAAGAAAUUGACUAGUUUAAUUGUCACAAGUGAUCAAGUUUUAAUAAGAAGAUUUAGACCAGGUAAAGAUUUUAUAUUAGCUACAACUACUGAAAAAAAUUUAGCAAGAAAUCAUCAAGAAGAAAACGUUUUGCUUGAAGCUACAUUAAAUUUAACACCAACUGCAACUAACCCUAAAAAUUGGGAAUCUGGAGAAUUCGGUGGUUAUGAAUUAUGUAUGGCAUUACCAAAUAAUGAAGAUGGUGAAUUUGAAGACGAUGAUCCUGCAAUUUAUAAAUCAUCAAAUUCAGAUAAUGAUGAUAGUGUAUUAUUUACAAAUCAAUGUAAAUGGAAUCUGUUAACAUUAAUGGUUAGAGAUCCAAGUGUAUUAAAAUUUAUAAAAUAUGUUAGUAUAAAUUCAAAAGGUUCAAGAUGGGAUAUAAGUGCACAAUGGACUGUUAAAAGUAUAGAUGAAGAUGUAAAUAAUUAA